AUGGCAUUACUUGGUAUGGCUUGGCUUGGCUUGGCUUGGCCUGCAGAGGGCUUAGCUUGGCUUGGCUUGGCUUGUUUGGCUCGGCGUGGCUUGCAGAGGUCGUGGCUUGGCAUGGUGUGGCUUGGCGUAGCGUGGCUUGGCAUGGCGCAGCGUGGCUUGGCUCGGCUUGGCGUGGCUUGCAGAGGGCUUGGCUUGGUUGGGUUGGCUUGGCUUAGCUUGGUGUGUCUUGAUUUAGGUUGCCUUGACCUGCCGUGGCUUGCAGAAAGCGCAGGUUGGCUUGUUGUGGCUUGGCUUGGGGUGCUUGCUGUGGCUUGCAGAGGGCUUGGCAAGGGUUGGCGUGGCGUGGCUUGGUUUGGGUUACCUUGGCUUGGUGUGGCUUGCAUAGAGCAUGGCUUGGUUUGGCGUGGCAUGGCUUGGCUUGGCCCGGCUUGCAUAAGGCGUGGCGUGGUUUGGCUUGACUUAUCUUGGCUUGGCUUGGCUUGGCUUGCAGAGGGCGGGGCUGGUCUUGGAUUGGUUUUGGUUGGCUUAGCGUGGCUUCGUUUGGGUUGCCUUGUCUUGGUGUGGCUUGAAGAGGGCAGUGCUUGGCUUGGCUUGGUUUGGGUUGGAUUGGGCUGGCUUGGCGUGGCUUGGUUUGGGUUGCAUUGGCUUGGCGUGGCUUGCACAGGGCGUGGCUUGGCUUGGCUUGGAUUGACUUGGUUGGUUUGGCGUGGUGUGGCUUGGCGUGGUGUGGCUUAA